AUGGGACGGAAAUGGACGGCAAAAGAAUGGGAGGACUACUACUCCUCUGGUGGGCCGCGGUCGGAUCCCCACCAUGGUGCGCCCAACCCGAAGCACCGCGGCAAGGGCAAAGCGAAAGAAGGGAGGCAGCCCAAGGACACAUCGGCCUUCCCCAGUUUCGAGCAAAUGCCUGCCAACAGCAAGACCAGGCCACCGGCUGGUGGGGGCCAGGGCAAAGGCGUUUCGGCUUCGACUGCUGCAGCCACGACGGAUGGGAGCCAGCCAACUGGUGGUUUGGCUCGCCACAUCCAGAAAGCGGUCAACAACCUACGAAGGUGCGAAACAAGGCUUCGCAAAUUGGAGACGGAGGUCCAGGACACCGACGCAAAGUGGGCGGAGUGGCAAACACAGAUGAAGAAAAGCUUUGUCACGGAGCGAUCGAAGUACUACGAGACCAUCAACCGCCUGAAGGCAGAGACGACCGAGAUGCAAGAGGCUCAGGAGGAGGCCAUCGAGUCCCUGCAGGCGGCGUUCUCCAAGACCGGCGACGAGGCAAUGGAUGUCGAGGCCGACGACGUUCCGGACGAUGUGCAGAAGGUGCCCUCCUGGGCCGCACCCGCCAAGGCGCCGACACCAGGCGGGCGACCGGCCGAUGCUGUUACCCCGCCUCGCAAGCACAAGGACCAAGCGCCGCGCACACCACCGUGCCCAAGCCGUCCAGCCAAGACGACAGAUUUGGCGGAGCCCACCGAAGUGGACAACUGGUUGGAAGGUGCGGCCAAGCGAGAUCCUUAUCUGCAGUCGCCGUCCACGGGCAGCAAAGAGUACACCGGCAUGGAGCGUACACCAUCGAGGCCCCGACCGACAGAACCCCGACUCCCGGUCAAGACCAGGACCAAGCCGCAAACAGAGCUUGGCUCCCGGCCAUCGCUGAGCGACAAGCUCGAUCAAAGCCGUGCCAAAGCAAUGGAGGACAAUACGACCGUGACAGUGGAGGACUCCGAAGAGGACAUGGUCGGUGCCCUCACAGGCCACAACAGGCUUUUUCGGCCAGUCCCUGAGCAUGACGGUCCGCAUUGGCAGCCCUCUGGGGAGAAGCUGCCCAAUCCCUCUGGUGACUUUUUCGGUCAGUUCACCUCUACCAGCCCGGCACAACAACCAUGGGUGCCGGCACAUCACACGGGCCCUCGGGCCCUGCACCACGACUCCGAACAGGCCGUGACGGCUAUUGUUAAGGUCUACGACAUCCUCGACGUCGAGCACAUCAUGCUUGAUGCCUUGGCGGGGCUCUUCGUUGAAUAUGCCCUGCUGCUUGAGCCGCACUGCAAAUGUCUCUUCUACAGUGCCGGGCUCUUUAUCUUGAUGGCCCUCACCGGCGUCCUUCUCUGCCAGGCCCGGUGGCAGCGCCCUUUUGCCAACAGGCUUCCCCAACAGCUGAUCGUCCCCUUCCGGCACCGCGGGAAGAUUGGCGGCGCCCCAGCGACAUUGAACUGUGGACCAGCGGGCUUCCUUGCUGACGAGCACUUCAUCGACGAGAGGGAGACUUUCCACAUUUCCUUCUGGAUGUGCUCCCCCGGCAUCGAACCACACUCUGUGGAUGUGUCGGUGCACUUCCCACAGACUAUCGAAAGCAUCGUCGAGAUUGUCCUCGACUCUACUGACGGCCUCGGUCACGAGUGGUUAAGCGAGGCGAUUCCUAUCACCCCACAGCUGGAGGAGUUCUACGGCAGCCUCUUCCUUGUGCCGAGCUGGAUCCCCCACUCAAAUACCACAGCCCUCGUACUCGAUGCGAGGGACAUCGAUCACGGCAUCUGCCCCAUCUACCUGAGCGUGCCUGUCACACGAUUCAAUGUUCUUGGUAAGCUCGGGCUCGACCAGGAUACAGCCUUCCAUGUCUUUGUGGCUGGCUCAGCGAGACCCCUUGGGCCAGAGGACACCGUUGCACCGGCACAAGGCAGCCUCAUCAAGGUGAUGCGGCCCGACAUGCAACCUGAAUGGGUAGAUGAACUACGGGACCGCCUCCAUGACCCACUCCUGUGGGACCCGGACAUUGGCCACCCUGACUCUGCUGCAGGGAGAUACGUCGAGCUACAGACCUACAAUGCUGUUUGGCAUCACCGCACCGGCCCCACUGACAGACGACCACCUCUCGAAGUCGCCUGCGAAGCCUUCGAUCUCGAACAGCAGCACACCUGGGUCCGAGCUCCAACUGAGCGCCCCCGAGCCCUCUACAGCGACGAGAAGCGCAUCCACUCCGUUGUUGCGGUCGUCGACCAGAGAACCACACCACGGCAGACGCAUGGCAUCAUCUUCCUCGACCUCAGACCGAUUGGACGAUGGGUGCAGUGGACAGCAGUCAAUGGGGGGCUCUUCAGGGCAGCGGCCUACGUUGCUGCACUCCAGGUCGACGUCGUUGACAACUUCACAAUCGUCGUCAAAGGCGGCCGAACGAAAGGACGCCAUGGUGUCAUCGAGGUCGAGGACGGUGAAGUUCUUGAGGUCGUCCUUGUCCCGACAACCUCUCUUACCUCCUCCGCGUCCCCUACCAGCGAGGCCAAUGAUGACGAGGACGAUUCUGAUGAUGAGCACCGUGGUAACGACAACAUGCCCAGCUCUUCGGAUCUCCCAUCACCGGACGGCCCUCCACAAGGAUCCGGUCCCUUUGGCCCACCACCACCACAGCCGGUCAACCGCCCGAGAAGCCGCAGCCCCCGUGGACGUGACAGAGCUCUCUCUGUGCAUACUGUUGAUACCAGAACGCAUCACGACAGCCCCACGGCCACCGACCUCGCCUCUUCCGAAGGUCCUUUUACUGUUCGGCUUGCUGAACAUGUUGAAGCACCGUCCUUCAGCCUCCUUUCACAGACGGUCACCCUGCCACAUGACCCAACCACAGGACACAAGUUGACCUGCCCUUGGCCCCUGGACUGGCUGCAUUUCGAGGUCGAGAACUUCGACUUCAAGGAGGUCACCAAGGAGGCCAUCAGCGACCUCAAGAACUGGAAGGACAUCCUCACUGGCCUGGGCCCGCAUGACCUCCCAUCGCUCCACAUAUAUGUUGAUGGAUCGUGGGACCCAAACACUGGUCUCGGAGGCUUUGCCAUCGCGAUCUUCAUUGCACACCAUGACGAAUGGGCCCUCUUUGGCUUAUGUGGAGAUCGUACCCACGGACACCCCACUGGCUCGGUCUGGGAAGUACAGGGACCCCCCCCUCUCGUCAAUGAACAGAUUGCCAUUACGACAGCCCUCCUCUGGCUGGCACAGACAUGGCCCUACCUUGACCACCGAGCCGUCACGAUCUACUUUGAUUGCCAGGCGGCAGGCUUCGCGGUACAAGGCAGCUCCAACCUUACCUCCGGACUGAUGGUAGCGGCACGGGGGCUGCACCACUUCAUCUCGGCCAUCUUCGGCAAGGAGCCCUCCUAUGAACAUGUACAUGCACACAAAGGUGAGGCUUUCAACGAGCUCGUCGACGUGGCAGCCAAGACCGUCGCACGGCAAGGCCACGGCUUGACACCUCCGCCGGCUGAUGUAUGCAGGUUGGUGCAGAACAGCGACCUCAGCUGGCUGGCAGCAACUGUUGACCCCAAGCUCCAUCGGGUGCUGCCGGUCAACACUACUUCCUUCACGUGGACACCACCAGACGACUUCGGCCCAUCCCCGCUCACACCCAAUGAGCUCAUCCCCACGAGGCCGGGGAACGUUGCUGAGCUCAGCGAGGAACGCACAGCUGCGGCCAAGCUCCUCACGCUGAACUCCCUCGGCACCAAAAACAAAUCUCGGUUCUUCGAGGACCAGCUCGACCACCUCGAGAUUAACAUCGCCUUUCUGCAGGAGACCAAGGCGACAGAGGGUGUAUGUCAAUCGUCCCGAUUCCUUCGGUUGUCGUCGGCUUCGGAGACACACUGGGGAGUGGCUGUCUGGUUUAGCAGAACCCGUGGGGCCCUCUCCUUCGGCCGAUCACCUUGGAAGAUUGAGCUCACGGACAUCCGCACGCUGGUUAGCACACCACGACUGCUUGUCCUACUUAUCUCCAAGGACAACUACAAGUUAGUUGUCAUCUCCGGCCAUUGCCCCCACGACACCAAGUAUGAGGAAGCGGUCUCCUUUAUGGACACCCUACACACGGCGGUCGCACCCCACCGACAAGCCCAACUUAUUCUCGCUGGUUUCGACUUGAAUGGCAGACCUCCCACGGGAGCUCUUGGAGUCACUGGCCCUCUCGCAUGCGGGGAACCUGACCGUAUUGGGCACCUUGCUGUCUCCACCUUCGAGUCCCUGGGGAUGUGGUUCCCUACCACGUUUCCAGAGCUCCACGUCGGUCCCUCCGAGACGUGGACACAUCCACAAGGAACUCAGCACCGUAUUGACUUCCCCACCCUCGGCGGCACAGCUCAAAUCACCGACGUGAUCACAGCGGUGUGCACGACCUUCGACAGUGGCUGCGACCGAGAAGACCAUUGGCCAGUAUUUCUUGACUUCUCCUGUGCUCUUCACCGACAUCGGCCUCGCGCAGCUCUACGCCGCCCAAAAUUUGACCUCGCGAAGCUCAUGACCCCGGAAGGUCGACGCACAAUGGAGGCGGAAAUGAACCAAUUUGUCCACCCGGACUGGUCGUGCCACCCGGACACCCACUGCCAAAAGGUACAAGACCACCUCCUCGGCAUUAUGCAGAGACACUUCCCCCUCCCGGAGAACCGGCCACGGGCGAGCUUCAUUACUCAGGACACUUGGCGACUCCGCGACCACAAGCUCAACCUGAAGCGAAGGGUUCGCCACCGCAGACAGCUCUGGAAGGACCUUCUGCUGCGCGCUUUCUCUCAAUGGCGCGAUGACGUCGACUACAUGGUCGCCCCACUGAUCGCCCGCCAAGGUCUCCUAUACCAUGUCGCGGCAGCUGCCAUCAGCUUUGCGACGGAACGCAUCCGCCAACAAAUCUGUGUCAGCAAGAACAAGUUCCUGGCUGAACUGGCAGGUGACACGAGUCGCCCACCUGGGGCAAUACUUCGACAAGCGAAGGCGGCCGGUGCCGGUGGAGCCAAGGCCCGCCCAGUCUCCCGACCCCUGCCACAGCUUCGCUUCAAGGACGGCACCGCGGUCGGCAGCCGAGCUGAACAGGACGCCCUUUGGGCUGGACACUUUGGGGAGCAGGAACUUGGCACCCGGAUGCGCACAGAGGCCUUCCUCCUGCAGACACAGUGCCCACCCUUCCAGGACGUCGAGCUCAACUGGAAUAUUGCUGAUGUCCCCUCACUGAUCGAAGUGGAGCAGGCGAUCAGGCUUAUUCCCUGCAACAAGUCCCCGGGACUUGACAAUGUCCGUGGAGAAAUGCUCCGAGCCGCCCCGGCAGCGACGGCCAAACUCCUAUGGCCACUCUUUGCCAAAGCAACGGCUCAGAUCUGCCAGCCUAUUCAGUGGCGUGGCGGUCUACUUCACGAGGCAUACAAACGGAGUGGCUCCAGCCCCGACCCCCAAUCCUUUCGCUCCCUCUUCGUGUCAUCCACGGUCGGUAAAUGCUUUCACAAGAUGUUCCGCACCCGCUCCCAGCGUGACCUUGAGGGAGCCUUCCACAGUUUCCAGCUCGGAGCUCGGCGACACUGCCCGGUCACCUUACCGGCACUUUACAUCCUGGGCCACGCCAGACGUGGAAGAACAUCGAAGAAGUCCACCGCGAUGCUCUACCUCGAUACUGAGGCGGCCUAUUACCGCAUCAUCCGGCAACUCGCGUUUGGAGACAUCACCCAGGAUGACUCGAUCAUCCGUGUCUUCCAACACUUCGACCUCGACCCCUCCGACUACCACGAGAUGGCCCAACAGAUCGUGUCCGGAGGCAUGGCUGCAGAAACUUCUCUGCCGGCUACGACCCGCCACAACAUCAAGGACUUCCACAACAGGGCCUGGUUCAUCACAGCCUACGCAGACGGAUCACAAGUCACGCAAACUGCCGCUGGAUCUCGACCCGGCGAAAGCUGGGCUGACAUUGUGUUCGGAUGGGUCUACAGCCGCAUCCUCGCGGUCGUGACGGAACACGCUACUGCUGAGUCGGUCCUCGACCAAAUCGCCUGUGACCCCUCAGCGGGACCCUAUGCCGCAAGUGGACAAGGAGGCGAAAUUACUGUCGCUGACGCCACAUGGGCCGACGACAGCGCCUGGCCACUGUCCGACCACGAUCCAGAGGCCCUGCUUCGGAAGACCGUGCGCCUCUGCACCAUUGUCAUCCAGUUCUGCUGGCAACACGGCCUCCGGCCGAACCUCAAACCUGGAAAGUCGGCCAUCAUGCUCAAGCUCCGUGGCAAAGGCUCGCACCGGGUCCGAACCAAAUACUUCCCUCGCCAAGGACAACAGCUUGAUCUCCCCGACCUUGGGGUGACGGUGCCGAUCUCCAACCAGUACAAGCACUUGGGAGGUGUUGUCGACGGCGAGCCCAAGAUGACGAUCGAAGCUCGACGACGCACAGCCAUAGCUGGCUCGGCAUAUGAUUCUGGCAAAAAGCUUUUCUUUGCGAAUCCACGCCUUGAGCUCACCACCAGGAUCGCGCUUUUCCAGGCGACCAUAGACCCGGUCUACUUCAACUUGGGGUUGUGGACCGACGACGGCCCAUCCUGGAACAUACUGAGCAAUGGCUAUACACGAUUGCUACGACGCCUUCUAGUUCGACAGUGGGGUGGGGACGCCGCUUUCCACAUCCCGCUCCCGGCGGUUCACCUCGCGACAUCCACCCCGCCCCUCGAGAUCCUCCUCAAAAGGGCAAGACUGAGCCUCCUUUGCUCAAUGUCAAAGGCUGCCCCUCUUCCGCUCUGGGCCAUGCUUCAGGAUGAGCAGAGCUGGUUCCAGGCUGUACAACAGGACCUACGGUGGCUUGUCGGGGAAAGCCAGGAGCCCGGACGCUGGCCACGAUGCGAUGAAGCUGGUUGGCCAGAAUGGGUCAACAUUUUUCGCACGGCUACACCCUGGUUCAAACGCCAGGUCAAACGGCGAAUCAAGGAAGGCACUCGCGACUACUGCGCCCACCACAAGCUUGCCCUCACCCUAUGGGCCAUCUACCGGCAGACCCUCGCGAGUUCCAAACCUGCCGAGCUCUCUCCCGACCCCUGGAUAUGUCGAAUCUGUGUCCGCGGUUUCAAGAGCAGGGCUGGGCUUGGUGCCCACUUCUUCAAGGCACACCAGAGAGUCGCUGGCCACCGAGGACUCACAGACGGCACGAUCUGCCCAGCAUGCGGCAAGGACUACCACAGCGAGAACCGACUGCAUGUGCACCUCAGAGAUGCCCCGCACUGCGCGGACAUGCUCCGCGCCGCUGGCCAUAGGGCCAAGUCAGUGAGGCCAGGCAUUGGCAGCCGACUUUGGCGCAAGGCAGCCCAGGAGAUGGAUUGUCUGGCUGUACCAUGUCCAAAAACAAUGCCCAUGCUCGACACCACAGCCGAAGUCCAAGCACCGGUUGUCACCAAGGCGCACUUCGACCUCUCCUGUGCCCUGCUCUGCAAGGACCUACCUACUGACGAGGGCAAGGUCGUUGACAUCCUCGAGGGCAUCCUCCACUCGUGGCCCCUCUACCAAGACGAGAUCUCCUACAUCGUGCACAAGGUCCUGGGGGAAAUCGACGAGGUCAUCCACGAGCUACAAGAGGAGUACUGGUCUGAAGGAACCUACGACGUCGUCACCAAGGCCCUGCUCAGGACCCUCACACCACCCACAGACCUCCCACCUCGGGAGGAGACAGGUGAAGACCGAGCGGAUCACUACGCGACUUUUGCUGACCGACUCGAGAACUUCAACUGGGACGAAGUGAUCCCCAAUCGGGCUGAACACGUGACCCCAGACUAUCCCUGCUUUGAACUGUCUGACGCUUGGGAAGCUGAGUGGAGCGCACACAGUAGCAGAAUAGAUGCCUCAGCCGUGGAAGCUAGAUUGUGGACCUUCCUGCCCGAUAUCCUGCAAGCAACCUGGCUUGCAGCAGUACAGGGGCGGAGUCCCACCCUUAGGGCGCCAGACUGCUUUUGGCGAAGUCCAUUAAGCAAGCCCUUCAGGCGCUACAAAGCGCUGGCUGCAACCAAUUAA